CUGAGACUUUCGUCAACCGUCCGCCAAAAAGGCAAACAUUCAAUUCCCCCGCCAUGAAACCCUCCAUCUUGGACCCGGCUACGUCGAUCCAACCGAUCCUCCUCCCAGACUACCAGCAGCAGGCAGCCGCGAGAUGAUGCUCUGUGCGCCAUCGACGGCCCAAAAACACACCGAGUUCUGCCGCUUCGGACACUUUUCCGUGGAUGUAUCAGUAUGAAUCACCGUGAGCGAGACCGAUUUGUUAUAAAGAUGGGAGUCCUGGGAGAUCUGUACUCUUGUAUCUGGUAAUUCCUAGUCUAUAGUCUCCAACCUAAAUUCUGAGGAAUCGCACAUCUGCAUCACCAUUGUUCGCCAUGGUCUCCUAUACCGAAAUCCAAGCGUCAAACGCGAUGAUCAACGACGCCACGGCGCCGCGUGUCGCCGUCUUCGUCGGUGGCACUUCGGGCAUUGGACAGCUGACGAUCAAGGCCCUGGUCGCCACAGGAGCCAGCGCGAGGGUCUAUCUCGUCGGGCGCAAGAGCUCCGAGGAGCGCUCGGAAGCCCUCAUCCGGGAGCUACGCACCACCAACCCCAAAUCCGAGGUCAUCUGGGUCGAGGGCGAGAUUUCUCUACUCGCAGAGACGAAGAGAGUGUGCGAGGUCAUCAAGCGCAAGGAGACACGUGUCGACCUGCUGUUCCUCACCGCGGGCUACGCGCCAUUCGGCCCUCGAAGGGAGACCUCCGAGGGCGUGGAGAUCGCCCAGAGCCUCGAGUACUACUCGCGGGUGCUCUGCAUCCUCCAGCUUCUGCCCCUCAUGGAGGCGGCGGAGUCCCCCAGGGUCGUCAGCGUGCUGGCGGGCGGGAUGGAGUGGUCCCGCGCGGUCAACCUGGAUGACCUGGACCUGAAGAAACCCGGCAACUUCAGCGGUGCCAAGGCUCAGAUUCAGUACACCGCUAUGAACACAAUGGCAUUGGAGAGGCUGGCAGGCGAGAACCCCAAUGUGACUUUCAUCCACUCGACGCCCGGGUGGGUCAGCACGGGCAAUGUCAGAAGAGGCCGUGACCCGGACUCGUUCAUGGCCUGGGUCGUCUGGGCUUUCCUUGAGCCCAUCAUUACCCUGUUCUCGUUCAGCCACGAUGAGUCUGGGCAGAGGCACCUGUUUGAGAGCACCAGCGCUGCUUUUGGCGGUCGUGGUGUGCCAUGGCAAGGCAGGCCCGGCGUGAACUCGCUAGGCAAGCAGGCCAACGGCCUGUUCCUCGCCAGUUCCAAGUGCGACUGUAGUACCAAUGCGAGGGUCUUGCCUCUGCUUCGGGAAAAGACUCAAGACAAGAUCUGGGAACACACUCUGGGGGUUCUUGGCCCGUACUCAUGAAUGGCUCACUUCGAUCCCAUCGCAGGCAAAGUAUG